AUACGGAGAGCGCGCAACAGAUAUUUUUGACAGAUACCUUUUUGACACGAAUGAAUUUUGUAAAAAUGGCCGAAUGAUUUUUCGUGUUUUCUUGUUUUAUUUUGUGGAAUUUUCCCGUGUUAAUUACUAAUUGUUUAUUCAUCAUUUGUAUCAUCGACAACAUAACAGCAAUGGCAAUGGCAGAAGGUCUGUGGCGUGAGGCUGCCAAAUGGUUGACCCGUUGCAAAGUGAUUCCCAUCGAGCACAAAGCGAACGCCAAUGAAUCCGAGAUUCGAGUCUUAGCUCUCACCCUACGUGAUGGAGUGUUAUUGUGUAAUUUAGUCAAUUUUCUGGAUGCCAAAGUUGGACUGGACUUCAACCGAAAACCUCAAAUGGCUCAGUUCUUGUGUUGCCAAAACAUUAAAUACUUUGUGGACGCCUGCAAAAAUCAUUUUGGACUGAAGGAAUCGGAUCUGUUCGAACCAAUGAUGCUGUACAAUUUGACAAAUUUUCACAAAGUUCUCAUUACGCUGGCGAAAUUGUCACAAUGUGACAUUGUCAAGGAGCUGCACAAGGAUAUAUCUGGAUUCAGUGCGCAUUCGUCGCCAAGAGAACGCAGCCAUUCGGACGAAGACAUCUACAAGGACUUACAUUCAACCAACAAUAACCAUGAAAGCCUAAGCGAAGAUGUGUCGAUAUCAACGGUUAAAGAAACGAACAAUGUGAUCGCCGACGACGAGUCCGAAGUAUUGGAUGAAGAAGACGAAUCGUCGAAUGGAGAUCAUGAAAAUAAUGUGACCGAGCACACACUGUGGCGAAUCAAAAUGCCGUCGCUGGAAACGGUUGAAAAUUUAACGUGGAACAGUCGUUACGAAGAACGCACCUAUGAGGAUCUGUGCUAUGUGACCUUUUCGUCUGAGUUAACAGCAUCGACGGCAAGCUUCGAGCAACGUGACUUCGUGAUAAGGGAAUUGAUUGACACGGAAACCAAUUACUUGGAGGUCUUAAUUGCAUUGAAGAAGAAAUUCAUGCAACCAAUGGAGGGGGUGUUAUCGAAAGAUGAAAUCAAAAUAAUUUUCCCGCGAAUAAAGGAAUUGGCCGACAUUCACGACAAGUUUCUGGACAAACUGAAAGAUGCCACAUCCCCGACACCUAAAUGCAAAUUGAGUCAAGUAUUUCUGGAAUUUCGGGAGCCCUUUCUCAUUUACGGUGAAUACUGUUCGAAUAUGACAGCAGCGACGGAAACGCUGCGUGACUUGUCGAAGCGUAAUUCUGCCGUAGAGAAGUUAAUUGAAAAAUGUCAAAUGGACCACAGUUCGGGCAGAGUUCAACUGCGAGACAUUCUAUCCGUACCGAUGCAGAGAAUUUUGAAGUAUCAUCUGUUGUUGGACAAACUUGUCCACGAAACAUUACCGACGCAUGACGACUACCGAGGAUUAGAACGUGCCAAAGAAGCUAUGGUUGACGUAGCCCAAUACACAAACGAGGUGAAAAGAGAUUCCGAGCAUUUAGGUGUCAUUCAGAAAGUCAAGGACAGCAUUAUGGAUUUGAAUCUUCCGAACGGCCAUGACCUGCGACAGUAUGGACGGUUAUUAUUGGACGGUGACCUGAACAUCAAGGCGCAUGAGGACCAGAAGACAAAGCAUCGGUAUGCCUUCAUCUUCGAGAAAUUAAUGAUUUUAGUCAAACCUUCAAAUACCAAAGAUGGCCAAUAUGUUUUCCGAGACGCUCACAACUUAAACGACUAUCGCGUAGAAUCAUCCAAUCGACCCACUCGAACGACCUUAGUGGGUCGGGAUGCUCGUUUCAAAUUUCAAUUGAUUUUGGUACGCAAAAGUCAAUCGACGGCGUUCACGUUGUACGUAAAAAGUGAUGCCGAACGAAUCAAAUGGACGAAAGCUUUACAGGAGGCAAUGGAAACGUUGGAACCGAUGGGUUGCCGCAACACCGAUCACAAGUUUCACAUAACGACCUUUCAUACUCCGAUCAUUUGUUUGCACUGCUCGAAAUUCCUCAAAGGUCUGAUACACCAGGGAUAUCGUUGCAAGGUGUGCGAAAUAUCCGUGCAUCGCGGAUGCAUUUCGUCGACAGGCCGCUGCAAACAAGGACCGGUUAGCCUUCCACCGCCAGUCUGUGAUAGACAAUUGUCGGAGUUUUAUUGGUUCGUCGGGCCAAUGGAUCGGGACACUGCGUCGGUUCGGUUGGAAAGUCGUAAAAUCGGAACGUAUCUGUUGAGGGUUCGACCGCAGGGGGCUAGUAGUUCAACGGAGACGAUGUAUGCGCUGAGUUUAAAAACCGACGAUAGGGUCAUUAAACAUAUGAAAAUAAACCAAAAACGGGAAGGAGAUUCGGUGUGUUACUAUCUGUCAUCACGGCGUAGCUUUAAAACAAUCGUCGAAUUAGUGUCAUUCUACGAACGAAACGAUUUGGGUGAAAACUUUGCGGGCCUAAAUCAAACGCUUCAAUGGCCUUUCAAGGAGGUCCUGUCCAAAGCUCUCUACGAUUUCAAUCCCAAAGAAUUGAAUCAACUGCCUUUACGGAAGGAUUGCAUUGUACUAGUCAUUGGUAAAGAAGGCGACAGCAAAGGUUGGUGGCGUGGAAAAGCCAUGGAGCGGGUUGGUUUCUUUCCGAAGGAAUAUGUUCAAGAAUUUUCACCGACCAGUCCGAACGAUCUAUGAUAUUACAAUUACUUUGUGUUUAUCGAUCCGAACAAUCGGCCAAAUAACACCGGAUGAAUAAUCGCCAACGAGUAACGUGAGUGUGUAGAGUUAAAAACCUUUUUUUUUUUAAUUAGCUAAGGUUAUGUGUA